AUGGAUGAUAGGAGCGUGAAUGAUAGGAACGUGGAUGAUAGGAAAGUGGAUGAUAGGAACGUGAAUGAUAGGAAAGUGGAUGAUAGGAAAGUGGAUGAUAGGAACGUGGAUGAUAGGAAAGUGGAUGAUAGGAAAGUGGAUGAUAGGAACGUGGAUGAUAGGAAAGUGGAUGAUAGGAAAGUGGAGGAUAGGAACGUGGAUGAUAGGAACGUGGAUGAUAGGAACGUGGAUGAUAGGAAAGUGGAUGAUAGGAACGUGGAUGAUAGGAAAGUGGAUGAUAGGAACGUGGAUGAUAGGAAAGUGGAUGAUAGGAACGUGGAUGAUAGGAACGUGUAUGAUAGGAAAGUGGAUGAUAGGAAAGUGGAUGAUAGGAAAGUGGAUGAUAGGGAAGUGGAUGAUAGGAACGUGGAUGAUAGGAACGUGUAUGAUAGGAAAGUGGAUGAUAGGAACGUGAAUGAUAGGAAAGUGGAUGAUAGGAACGUGGAUGAUAGGAACGUGGAUGAUAGGAAAGUGGAUGAUAGGAAAGUGGAUGAUAGGAACGUGAAUGAUAGGAAAGUGGAUGAUAGGAAAGUGGAUGAUAGGAAAAAGGAUGAUAGGAAAGUGGAGGAUAGGAAAGUGGAUGAUAGGAAAGUGGAGGAUAGGAACGUGAAUGAUAGGAAAGUGGAUGAUAGGAAAGUGGAUGAUAGGAACGUGGAUGAUAGGAAAGUGGAUGAUAUGAAAGUGGAUGAUAGGAAAGUGGAUGAUAGGAAAGUGGAUGAUAGGAAAGUGGAUGAUAGGAACGUGUAUGAUAGGAAAAUGGAUGAUAGGAACGUGGAUGAUAGGAACGUGGAUGAUAGGAAAGUGGAUGAUAGGAACGUGUAUGAUAGGAAAGUGGAUGAUAGGAAAUUGGAUGAUAGGAACGUGGAUGAUAGGAACGUGGAUGAUAAAAGUUUUUAUAGAGUUGGACUGUUGAAGGCUAGUGUUGAGAAAUAUGACUAG